UGGAAUGCCACAUUUAGCAUUCACUCGCAGAGCUCGGGAAGGGGAGGGGGUCUGGUGGGCGCUGGGACUGAGUAAACACCGGGAGGAAGGGGAAACUCGGGUUGGAACCAGCGCUUGAGAGCUAACAAACACAUCCGCUCCUUGAGAUAAUACAGAACCGGCGGGAUGCAUUGGGCGUUGCUCCCACUCCUGCUCCUGCCGACCUGCCUGCAUUUAGCACCAAGUACUGGGGCCACUGCUGAGGUCUGUCGAGGUGUCCACUGCUACUCGGCGGCCAGUGGCGAAGGGAGCCGGCUCUGCCACGGACCCCACUGCCAAACCAGGUCCUACAUACCGUCCCGGGCCAAUCCGGGGCAGAUUCGAGACCGGACUGGCUGGGCGUUUCGAGGUUAUCAGAGAAGCACAAGCGGCGGGGCAGCUUCCCCGACCACAGCUGACCCCAACCUUAGCCCGCACGCCGUGAGAAGGAAGGGACAAGGUGCUGGGGCCAGCGGGGUUCCCUGCCCGCGGGCUGGGGGCGACUGCCCAGGGAGGCAAGUCAAGCACAACGCUACGAAGGGGUGCAAGGGUAUCGAGUGCAGGCUGCCCCUGAGGUCGCGGCUGAAGCCCAGACCCUGGGCUCAGUGUGCCGGGGUGCACUGUGCCCCUGGCCCGGUCCCACUCCCACUGGGAGCCGAGGUCCUCGCCCAGCCCAGCAGCCCCAUCCACGUACGGGACACCACCGCCCAGUUAAUCGGCGAGAUCCCCGACCUCGGCUACUCCUCCCCUGAGCUGGGAGGCGCAGCGCUGGGAAUUCAGCUGAGUUGUGACAUCAAACCAGGACAUAACGAGGUGCCGUCGGAAGAUGCCCUGAUCUUGCAACUCCAGUUGUCGAAGGGGCAAGAGAAAUUUGUGGAAAUGCUGAAGAGUCAGCAGAAAACUAUCUCUGAUUUGCAGCAGACGCUCACAGAGCAACACGCCACCUUGCUUCACCAGCAAAUAGAAAUUGUGGGACAGCAGAGGAAGAUGUUUGAACAGAUGGAGCUGGUGAAAGUCCAGUAUACCAUGCUCUUUGAUUCCAUUAAGCAGACCUCAUUCCUGAAUCUGCAGGCUGAGAUUCAGAGCCAGUUUGAGUCUCAUUUUCAUGGUUUGCAGAGUCGGAUUCAAAGUCAACUCCAAAAGACAUACGCAGUGCAUAAAGUGGAAGUGGAUGCCGAGGUUAUUGAUGUGGGUGACCACCUUCUGGAGUGUGGUUUUUGCCCAGCUGCUGAAUAUUGUGAUUUCCAGAAAGUGCCGCCGCAGUGCGAGAGAUGUACCACGUGCCCUGCAGGCUUUUUCCAGGUUACUGAGUGCUCUGCCGCUGCUGACCGGAUAUGCCAGGACAAAGAUGAGUGCAUGGAGGAGUCAAUGGAUUUUUGUGGUGAUCGAUUAAAGUGCCUUAACACUCCAGGUGGAUUCCGAUGCCUGGGCUUUGCAGAAAGUGAUCUUCCCUUGGGGCUCUGUGGGCACGACUACUUCUUCAACAGUGAGAUGCAGGAAUGCCAGGCCUGCUUGCGAUGUGACAAAGGCACGGUGGUUCACCACUGCUCCCAAUACAGUGACACCCUUUGCAUCCUGUCGCCCGGAAGCCGCCUGUCGGAAUCCUGGUCGACGAACACCGUGGUUGUGUCGCUGGACCCCGGGCAGACCCCUGUUCAUCUGGGCUUGAACCUGCCCUUGCAGGGGAACCCCUCAUCCGACCUGGUGAAAAAUGAAGGUGGCAAAUUGGUCUUCAGGCAGCAUGGCCUGAUCUGGGCCGAUUACAACCUGGCCAUCAGGCACAACUGCAGGAAUUUCCUCCAGUUUUCACUGAGGCUGAACAUGGAGGUGGAGGCAGAGAGGGAGGAGGAGAAGGAGGAAGAUGGGCACGUUCUCAGUGGUGUCCGCAUCGAGCAGCCCGAGGGAAAGUACUACCAGAGCGCCAGUGUGAGUGGCUCAGCUGAGGUGGAGCCUGGCCAUGUGCUCCACCUCUUCGUGGAAAGCCCCAAUCAGUUCUGCAACCAGAGCAACGAUUUCAACUUCUACCAACUCCACAACCCAUUCAGCUUCUUCUGGCUCUCCCACGACACAGGAGCAGUGGCUAUGAGUGCCCUUAUGACGAGCUCCGUUCACUACCAGACCAGCUAUCGGCCUGUCUUCAAGGUCGUGUCCAUCUCCGACCCCUACAUGAUCACCUUGUCCUUUGACAGUAGGGCAGUAAGAUUCACAGAGGAAGGGGUGGUGAAGUUUGUAUAUCACCAGGCGCUCUACGCCAUGGGCCACACGUGCAUCCGCGAAGGCUUCACCUUGAUUUCCUUCAUUACCAGGAAUGGAAGCGCUGACGAGUUGAUGCAGGUUUAUAAAUCCGGGGUCAACUAUCGGGACACCUCGAUAUCUGCCUCUGGAGCCUCCAUUGUGUACGCUGGAGACACGGUCAGCUUUCAGAUCCACACCCCCGCGCAGUGCAGCGUGCGUUACUUUGGAGAGACGACUGGGAUCAGCGUGUUCAGCCUUGUGUGGAUUCCAUCGGCCAUAUCCUCGGCUAUCAGGCUCGUGGUGUUGGGCUCCGCUUUACCAACAGGUGCUGUGAGGAACAGGUUCCUCAGUUUCCAGGAGGUUUUGCCUGUGGCAGAACAGAGGCCGGUUGUGCUGGUGACAACGGGGCAGUUCGCACACAAGCGCAUCCUGUUCCGCGACGGCGGGGUGGCCAGCCUUGCGUUCAACAUCAAACUGAUUCACUCGUGUGAUAUCGUCAAAGUGUCCCUGAACGUGGUGCCGGAUGAUCGCGGUCAGCCAUCUGUUGUGGCAUACCAGAUUGGAGGUCGGAUGCCUUUAGGUAGUCAAUGGGCAAGUGUCGGUCUGCGGGCUUCAUUUACCAUCCAGAACGGUACAAUGGCCGCCAUCUCCCUGGACUGUGUUCGAGGGCGGAUUAAUCAGAUUGCGCACAAAUACGGGACAAACCUCUCCAUUCUGUGGGUUUCAUCCUAAUCAUUCUGCUGAUUGGGAAAAUUGCCUUCCGUGCUAUCGAGAGGGAAAAUUAAGCUAAUAAAGUAUCACACAAGGACCGGUUUCAGAUAAUGGGCUCCAGCUACAACUCAUGAUGGUUUUGAACUUUCUAUGAUAUCUGACAGGAGCAUGGUUGAAGGUUGCAUUCCACCCCAAAUCUAACAGUGUAGAGAGAAAAACUUCAAAUUUUCCACAAACUGGUGCCAAAGGAGAAUAGAAACUGACAAUGUACAUUCAUGCAAUAAUUUG